CACAACAAGAAUCAAAGUCGCAACAAUGCAAACACCACUAUCCCUCUUCUUUACAACUCUCCUGCUCUUCGUCCUGCCUGCAUUUGCUCAAUUCCAAUUCUUCGAGCAAAUGUUCAACCAAGGUGGUCAGCAAAAUCAACAACCACAAAACGCUGCAUCCGACUCUGCAUGGUACAAGCAACAAUACGAAGCUGGUCAGUCUCAGUCGUCCGUGUACCUCUGCCCUUCCACCCUAUCCUGCGUACAUUUCCCACAUCACUGCCCCUGCGCAUUUCCCGAGCUAGAAGACAAAGUCGAGCUGGACGAUGGCAGUAUGAUCUGUGUCUCAAAGGGAGGCUACAAGGCUGGCGAGGCUGCGAGGAAGAUUGAGUUGGCAAGAAAGGGCUUGUUG